AUGGUGGCAUAUGAGGUGCUCCAUACCAUGAAAAUUAGGAAAAAUGGCAAAGUGGGAAACAUGGCUAUUAAGCUUGACAUGUCCAAAGCUUAUGAUAGGAUCGAGUGGUGUUACUUGGAGGCUGUCAUUGGGAAGUUGAGAUUUUGCAAGAAAUGGAUUGAUAUCAUAAUGAAAUGUGUCUCAACUGUGAGUUAUUCUGUUUUAAUCAAUGGUAGUCCUGGGUCAAGGAUCCAUCCAAUGAGGAGCUUGAGACAAGAUGAUUACAUUUUAUUUAGGAGGGCUAUAGCAGGUGAGUGGGUGAAAAUCCAAGAGCUAUUACAUAAAUAUGAAAAAGCAUCAGGGCAGUUUUUGAAUAAGGAGAAGACAAUAGUUUUCUUCAGCUCGAAUUCAAGGAUAGGAGAAAAAGAGAAGAUCAUGGAGCUAGGAGGCACAAUUAUGAAAGAUAGUUAUGAAAAGUACUUGGGUUUACCCCCAGUAGUAGGGAAAUCCAAGUAA